AUGGCGCAUCAGUGCGAAUUUCCUCCUGAUCGCAGAUAUUGGGAACAGGGCCCUCAAUUACAGAGACUGUACUCUAAGGAUUUUUGCCUUCAAUCUCUUGACAGUGACCUCCACUACUCUGCUACUAUCAUGCACAUUGAGGUGACAAGUCCGUCACCAAUUUGCAGGGACCCCAUCCCCAUCCUUCAUUUCAUGUGUUUCAUUGUUCCUCGCUACUCUGAGAAGAUUCUACUCAGCUUGCAUGAAAUCAUCCGCGAAGAAGACCAGAACAUGCGUGCGACGUUGCUCGAGUACCUGAAGCAGCUCCACUCUGUUGAAUGGGACAACUUCAUGAAGGACCCGAAGAUCCUUGCAGGGGAGAGCGAACCAGUGGAUAGGACGGGUUCGAUCAAUGAGAAGCAUAUGAGCAACAAAGCGGACGACCUGCCGUUCUACUGCAUUGGUUUCAAGACAUCGAGCCCAUAA